CACAACUUACAUCCAAUCAGAGUCCUGUUUACUUUAACAGCCAACCAAUCAAAUCGCCGUUGCUACCGGCCUGACGGCGGCCAUCUUGUGCAACAACAAGUGUCAGAAAGGAGGUGUUGUUUUUCCAGCCUUGAAGGGAGGAAAUGUCAAAUUUUAGGCAUUUCAGCAACCUUCCAUGAUGUGAUACCAUUUCUGCAAUAAAGACUCAAGACAUUGCAGACCUGAAACAGUGAAUGUGUUUCUUUCAUGAAAGGACCAGCAAGAACAGAAGAUCUGGCAGGCAAAAACCAAAGAACACAACAACAAGCUUACCAUCAUGUGUGUACCAACACAGUAGAUUAACCUUACUGUGAGAUAGCCGUGCAUUUGAGAUCUUACAAACACUGCGAGACAACAACAGCGACUUUUCUCACAAGUAUGUAACAUGAAGGGUGCCAGGAUGCCCACUACCAGGACUCCAUCAGGCAGAACAGCCGGGUCACGACCUCUGGGGUCUACCCGCCAUUCCCAGCCCCCCAUGUUCCCACCCGUGGCGCAGUACAAACUGAACACUGCACGGACACCCCAGUAUUCCCCACGGUCCAUGCCGGCCGGGAUCUAUGGGGUGGGGAUGGGGGUUCCCGCGGACUCCUCGCCCCAGCCGUCGCGACCUCCCACAGCCAAGCAGGAAGUGAGGAUAGAGGAGAGGAUUGUGUAUAUAGAGAGGGAAAAGGACAACACUAGAGAAAAGGAGCUUCUGGAGAGAGAAGAAAAGAACAAGCAGAAGAUCAGCAAGUUGGAAAAGUUGAUAGAACAGCUGAGGUCAGAAAUCAGACAGAGACAAGAGGACAUCGAAGACCUACAGCAGCAACUAGUAUCUAAGGCAGAACAGUAUAACAAUGAACUUGAGCUGGAGAGACAGGCCCACGCUGCCACCAGACAGGAGUUGGAGAAGGUUCGAGAGGAGCUGGCACAGAAGGAGGCUUUAAUACAGGAGAUAAAGGCUCUACAUGAGGCAGAGAUGGCCAGGAUAGAGGAACAGCUACAACAGAGGAUGUCUGAGAUGGAGGAGACCCAUAAGAAGGAGCUGGCAUCUCGAGAUGAGGCACUAAGGAGGCUCAAAGAACACAUGGCCAGUGCCCUACAGGAUAACUCCAGUGAGAGACAACGGCAGCUGGAGGACCUGACUAAGGAGCUGAAGAAGAUGUCUGAGGAAACAGAGAUGCUGAAGAGCAAAUUGAAAGGCAUGAUCGCCAAAAAUAAGGGUCAUGACUGUAAGAACUGUGCAGUACUGAGUGAACAGAUUCAGAAGAUCCAGUUGCAGCUCAGGUUAAAGGACAAGACUAUAGAAGAGAAGGAGAAGGGCCUGCUGGAGCUCAAGCAGCUAUGUAUCAAGUUUGAGAAACAACUCAUGCAACAGGACAAGCUGUUACAGGAAUGGCAGGUGUAUUCAGAGCUGAGUGAGAGAGUCAGGAAGUGUUAAACAACUUGCACCUAAAGCUGCCACAAUAUAAAAAUCAAUGCAUGUAGUGUUUUUGUCACAGUGCCCGGUUACAAUUUAAAGGGAUAUUUUCUUAGAAGUGACAUCGACUUUUAGGAAUAAAACUUUCUCUACCAGAAGCUCCAUCAUAUUUUUGUAAAAGAGUUUGUGAGUCAGAGGAAUCAUGGCUGCCAUACAUUGAUCUCAGAGAAUCUUGGUUGUUGUUUAAUUUGUUUUUGUAGUUUUGUUUUUUAAAUUUAUUUCUACUUUUUGUGAUUGUAACACUUGACAACACUACUACUUUUGAUACAUCCUGUUGAACAAUAUGUCAUGUGUUCAACCUUCUCUACAAGUACUUCUAAGUUCUCUUUGUUCAUAGAUUCUAUAUGGAUCAUUGUGGAAACACUACUUUUCAUCUGUGUACUAGCUGAGUAACAAUUUGGCUGUGCCAGUGUGAAAAGUACAGAAUGAAAUGUACAUACAUUAUGUCUUUUGAAAUUAAUGGCAUUGAGAAGUUUUACUUUACAUUUUCAAUCAUGCCAUUCCAGUAUUAAGAUAUUAGUCACAAAGGCUGUAAAAUACCAACAUGAAUAUCUUAUCAGGGCAGUCAAGGAGGUUGAAAGAGGGGAACCUGUUUCA